AUGUCGGCUACCCAGACUCCUCAGCUCUCUAAGGACGCUCCCAUCGAGGAGCACGCUGCUACCAGCAGCGGCUCCCACCACGAUGCUCACGACGACAAGAUCGCCUACUCUUCGUCGGAUCGCGACAUCGAGAGCAGCGGUCGCCCUCCCAUCGAGGCCAUCGAGCCCCACCCUCAGGGCGAGCCUGGCCGUGCCAGCAAGCUUUGGCACUCGAUUCGCACCCACAAGGCUACCCGCAUCAUCUUCGACAUGGCUCUCAUCUGCCUCAUCCUCGGCUGGUGGUUGCCCGGCAUCAUUCGUGAGGAGACUCGCCACCGAUGGGUCAUCACCACCAUCUGGUCCUGGUUCUUCAUCCUCCUCAUCCUCUUCCACAACGACCGAUACAUCCCCAAGAAGCCCUUUGCCGACGCCAUCGAGGUUGUCUGGUCCAACGGUGUCUCCAAGCCCUGGAGCAUGAUCCCUCACUACGGUCAGAUCGGUCUUGGCUGGCUCGCUCUCCUCGCUCUCUACUUUGGCAGUGCUUUCGGCGUCAAGGAGAUCCCCGAGUCGCGAUACGCCGACCGUGCUCGCUCGCUCUUCGGCCUCUUCCUGAUCAACUGCUUCUUCUACGUCAUCUCGACCCGUCGCACCGCCAUCAAGCUCCAGCCCGUCAUGACCGGUCUCGGUCUUCAGAUGAUCAUCGGUCUCCUCGUCUUCAAGACGGGUGCCUUCUUCAGCGUUGCUAGGUGGCUCGCUUUCGCCGCCGCCGACUUGCUCGCUCAGGGUCAGCUCGGUGGUGCUGCCUUCUUCUGGGGCAACCUCGCCGGCCAGCACUACUUCUUCAUCGACACGCUCUCCUCGAUCAUCUUCUUCGUUGCCCUCGUCGUCCUGCUUUCGUACCUCGGUGUCAUGUCCUGGGCCAUUCGCAAGUUCGCCUGGCUCUUCUUCAAGCUCAUGGGCAUCUCGGGUGCCGAGGCCGUUGUCGCCGCUGCUUCGCCCUUCAUCGGUCAGGGUGAGAACGCCGUGCUGGUGCAGAGCUUCCUCGACCUCAUGACCAACGCCGAGAUCUUCCAGGUGCUCACCUCGGGUUUCGCCACCAUCGCUGGUUCCGUCUUCCUCGCCUACGUCCAGAUGGGUGUUUCGCCCACCCACCUCAUCACCGCCGCCGUCAUGUCGAUCCCCGCCUCGAUCGCUGCCUCCAAGAUGGUCGUUCCCGAGACCGAGACGCCCGUCACUGCCGGCUCGGUCAACAUUCAGCUCAACGAGAAGUCGGACGCUGUUGACCCGCUCCACGCCUUCUCCAACGGUGCUUGGCUCGGUGUCCGCGUUGCCGCGCUCAUCUUUUGCAACGUGCUCUGCAUCGUUUCGCUCCUCUACGCCGUCAACGGUGUCCUGACCUACAUCGGCAACUUCUGGACCAUCAACAAGCUCACGCUUACCCUCAUCCUCGGUUACAUCCUCUACCCCUUCGUCUGGUGCAUGGGUGUUCCCAAGGCCGAGCUUCUGCGCGUCAGCCAGCUUUUGGCCACCAAGAUUGUCGCCAACGAGUUUGUGGCUUACAUGGCGCUCGCCGACAUCAAGGCGAGUGCCGACCCGCUUUCGGCCCGAUCCGUGCUCAUUUCCAACUUCAUGCUCGCCGGGUUCGGCAACAUUGGUUCGCUUGGUAUCAACAUUGGUGUGCUCAGCGGUCUUGCCCCCAGCCGUGGUGGUGCCAUUGCCCGCCUGGCCCCUCUGUCGCUGCUCACCGGUAUCCUCGUCACCUGCUCCUCGGCUUGCAUCGCCGGUGUCCUCGGUACCUCUUAA